AUGCUCUUCAGGCGAAGCGUCUGCCUGGAAGAGAUCCAAUCGUGCAAGUCGCCUCUCCAAGCGCGAGAAAUCUAUGCAUCGAUUCCAGGAAAUUCGCUCCAAUUUGACGCAUUCCUCUGCAACAAGCUCGUUCAGAUGUUUGGGCGCCUGGGCUGCGUGGAGCGGGCGCGGCAGAUCUUUGACGCCAUUGCCGACAGGGACUCCUUCUCCUGGGGAAUCAUGCUCUCCAUAUACGCGCGCAGCGGCGAUCUCUCAAACGCCAAGGGCGUCUUCGAUCGAAUGCCGAGGUGGAGUCUCGGAUCGUGGACUGCUCUCCUCUCCGCAUUUGCCCUCUCCGGGCAUCACGAGGAAGCAAAAACGCUUUUUGAUACGAUGCAAGAACGCGAUCUGAUAGCUUGGACGAUAAUGCUCACAGUGCUCGCCACCUUUUCUAAUAUUGAUGACGCUAAAUACCACUUUGAUCAAAUGCCCGAAAGGGAUCUCGUCGCCUGGACUGCCAUGCUCGCUGCAAAUGCCGAGCGAGGGCAAAUGGAAAACGCUCGCGAGACGUUCGAUCAAAUGCCCGAGCGGAAUCUCUUCUCAUGGACCUCUCUCCUCAGCGCGUACGGACGCUCCGGUGACGUCAAAGCAGCAGGCAGCGUGUUCAAUUCCAUGCCCGAGUGGAAUCUCGUGGCAUGGACGGCUAUGCUCACGGGAUAUUCCUUGAGCGGGGAUGUUGUCGGGGCCAAGCGCGCGUUCGAUAGCAUGCCGGAGAGAGAUCUCAUCGCCUGGACAGCAAUGCUCUCCGCCUAUGCUUUCAACGGGCAUCUUCGCUACGCGCGAGAAAUCUUCCAGCGAAUGCCGGAGCGCGAUCUAAUUUCCUGGGCAACGAUGGUUGCGGCACUUGUGGAGAACGAUCUACUGGAGGAGUCGAAGGAGCUGUUUGAUCGAAUGCCGCGGCACUGCGCUCUCUCGUCUAAUACUCUCCUCGGAGUAUAUGCCCAAAAGGGGUACGUCCACCAGGCGCGGAGAUUGUUUGAUUCCAUGGAGGAGCGCAAUCUGGUGACGUGGUCCAAAAUGCUGAUGUGCUAUGCCCUGGUUGGUGGGGUUGACGAGCUGGCGGCGCUCUCAAGGGGGCUCAAGGUCCACACUCUUGCCACGUGGAACGCUUUGCUGACUGGAUAUGCCCAGGCAGGGGAUGUUGAGGAAUCGAUGCGAAUAUUUGACGCUAUGAAGGAGCGAGAUCUCGUGUCAUGGACCACGCUUUUGACAGUUUUUCUUCAUUCCAAAUCUCUUUGCCCUUAUGAAUCUGUAAAACACGUAUUUGAUAGAAUGCCUGAGCAUGAUCCAGUGUCUUUCAACUUGUUAUUCACAUCAGUAGCGCAGUUUGGCAAUUUGGACUUAACCAUAGAGUGUUUCGACCAGUUACCUUGUAAAGAUUUAGUCGCAUGGACGACAUUGUUAUGUAUUUACGCUCAUCAUGCUUGUGUAGAUGAAGCUAAAGUCCUUUUCAGUCUAAUGCCAGAGAGAGAUCUUAUUGCUUGGAACUCGAUGCUCACGACAUAUACCUCAAAUGGGCAUCUUGCAGCAGCUGGUCGCCUGUUCGAUUCCAUGCCGGAGCGAGACACAGCCUCCUGGAACGCAAUGCUGGCGGCAUACACACAGCACAACCAGCCUACCCAUGCCCUAGAUUCCUUCUUCAGCAUCCCACUAAUCCUCCCACCAAAUGGAAUCUCCUUUGUGUGCUUUCUCGUAGGCAGCAGCCAGCUCGGUAGGGUUUGGGACGGGCGGAGCGGCUGGCGGUCAAUGGUAGUUGACUAUGGAGUCAACCCAACCAAGCAGCACUAUUGCUGCGUGGUUGACCUUCUAGGCCGCGCGGGGUACGUGGGCGAUGCCCAAGACCUAAUCGCGGGCAUGCCCUUCGUGCCAGAUGCCCUAGAUUGGACGUGCUUGCUGGGCGCGUGUAGAAGCAGAAGCAACACUGAUCGCCAAGGAGGCGUGGAAACUAGCAAGAGCGUUUUGGAUUUAAACGCGAGCAAUAGCGCGGCAUAUUCGCUUCUAGCCAACUCCAUUGGCGGGAAUCUUCCGUGA